GGGGCUCCGGUCCGGGCUUUGGCUGCGGCCCCGGUGUAGUAGCGGGGGCGGCGGCCGGGGGCAGCGCGGCUCCUUCCCUUGUUGUGUGUGUCGGUGCCUCCUCGCCAUCUUGUUGCAAAGCCUUUUCUUGUCGGCGGGACUCCCGGGGGCCGCGGGGCGGGAGGCAUCUGAAGGGAAGAAGAGAGGGAGGGGAAGGAGGGAGGCAGUGCUGCCUUUUGUUUUUUUGCAUCAAAAUUUUUAAAAUUUGCAAAUUAUAUUUUGCAAAUAUUUUGGGAAACAUUAAUUUUUGUCUCCGUGCUCUCCCGUUCUUCCCUGCGGAGUGCGCUGCGCCGCCCAGCCCUGUCGCCCCCCGGAGGUGAUCCCUCCCUCCUGCCUGCCCGCCAGCCUGACCUGUGCCCGGCUCGCGGGCCGCAGUCUCGGCCCCGGCGCGCCCCCGGCAGCUCUCGGCGCGAUGAGCAUAGAGACGCUACUGGAGGCGGCCCGCUUCCUGGAAUGGCAAGCGCAGCAACAACAGAGAGCACGUGAGGAGCAGGAGCGGCUUCGCUUGGAGCGGGAGAGGGAGCAGGAGCAGAAGAAGGCCAGCAGCCUGGCCAGGCUGGCCCAUGCCCUGCCCGUGGAGGAGCCCCGCAUUGAAGCACCACCCCUACCUCUGUCCCCUCCGGCACCCCCGCCAGCACCCCCACCCCCACUUGCCACCCCCACCCCACUGACUGUCAUUCCUAUUCCAGUAGUGACCAACUCUCCUCAACCUCUGCCCCCACCCCCACCACUGCCUCCUGCAGCCCAGCCUCUGCCCCUGGCGCCCCGCCAGCCAGCCCUGGUUAGCACCCCUGGACUCAGCAUUAAGGAGGCUGCCCCCCUGCCCACCAGGCCACAGGUGCCCACCCCUGCUCCCCUGCUGCCGGACUCCAAGACCACCCUUCCGCCCACUGGCAGCCCUAAGCCUCUGCAGCCCCUCCCCACCCCUAUCCUGACCAUAGCACCACACCCUGGAGUCCAGCCCCAGCUGGCCCCCCAGCAGCCACCCCCACCCACUCUUGGGACCCUGAAGUUGGCACCAGCGGAAGAAGUCAAAUCCAGCGAACAGAAGAAGAGGCCUGGGGGGAUCGGAACCAGAGAAGUCCACAACAAAUUGGAGAAGAACAGGAGGGCCCAUCUGAAAGAAUGCUUUGAGACCCUGAAGCGUAACAUCCCCAACGUGGACGACAAGAAGACGUCGAAUCUGAGUGUGCUGCGGACGGCGCUGCGGUACAUCCAGUCUCUGAAGAGGAAGGAGAAGGAAUACGAGCAUGAGAUGGAGCGGCUGGCGCGGGAGAAGAUCGCCACACAGCAGCGGCUGGCGGAGCUCAAGCAUGAGCUGAGCCAGUGGAUGGACGUGCUGGAGAUCGACCGUGUGCUUCGGCAGACUGGCCAGCCGGAGGACGACCAGGCCUCCACCUCUACGGCCUCUGAGGGUGAGGACAACAUAGACGAGGAUAUGGAGGAGGAUCAGGCCGGCCUGGGCCCACCUAAACUGAGCCAUCGCCCCCACCCGGAGCUGCCGAAGCCACCGCCCAGCACCGCCCCCGCACCUCUGCCUCCCCAUCCACACCCCCACUCCCAGCCUGUGGCCCUGUCUCCUGUCCACCUGCCUGGGCAGCAGCCGCCGCCACAGCAGAAGACACCUCUGCCAGCCCCUCCUCCCCCACCGGCUGCUCCUGCCCAGACGCUGGUGCCCGCUCCAGCCCAUCUGGUGGCUGCAGCUGGUGGAGGUUCCACGGUCAUCGCCCACACGGCCACCACCCACGCCUCAGUCAUCCAGACUGUGAACCACGUUCUACAGGGGCCGGGCGGCAAGCACAUCGCCCACAUUGCCCCCUCGGCCCCCAGCCCUGCUGUGCAGCUGGCACCUGCCACACCCCCCAUUGGCCACAUCACAGUGCACCCUGCCACCCUCAACCAUGUGGCCCACCUCGGCUCCCAGCUGCCCCUGUAUCCACAGCCCGUGGCAGUGAGCCAGCCCGUGGCGGUGAGCCACAUUGCCCACACCCUCUCACACCAGCAAGUGAAUGGCACAGCGGGGCUGGGACCCCCAGCCACUGUCAUGGCAAAGCCAGCUGUGGGGGCUCAGGUGGUGCACCACCCCCAGCUGGUGGGCCAGACAGUGCUCAACCCCGUGACCAUGGUCACCAUGCCCUCCUUCCCGGUCAGCACACUCAAGCUGGCUUGAGGAUGAGGCCACUCAGAGGCCCCCAGUGGGGGCAGGGAGGGGGACCUGUCCCCCACUCUCCCACCCACCAGCUCCACACAUUCCAGCCAGGCCAAGGCCCGCCCCACCCACACCCACCCCCAGGCCUCCUAGGGGAAGGGGGUGCAGAGACUCUGAGCCAGGGGAGGGAGGGCCCCCCCCAGGGAGCUGGGCACAGGGCAGGGGGUUACCCCACUGCACUAGGACUUGAUAAAUUGAUGAGACACUCUGGUGAAUGUGCCACUCAUCCGGCCUGGUGCCAGCUCCAGUGCCGUUCCCGCCUCCCCACCUUGUCCCCUGCAACCAGUGAGAAGUGGGUGUUGUGUUCUCCGGCUUCCCCGACCCUGCCUGCCUUCCUGUGCUGCUGCUGCUAUUGCUGUCUGAUGAGGUGGCUGAGUGCCGGGUCCUCUGUCCUGAGCCUCGGCCUUCUCUCCCCAGGCCUUUGGAGGGGACGGGGAGAGGGAGCAGAACUGAAGCAACUUGGCCCAGGAAGCUGGGUACCGUGGGGGAGGGGGGGGCGCUCUGCUCUGAGUACACGUGACCGAUCCUAAGAAGUGGCUGCUCUGCAGUCCCACCCACACAGGUGGGCGCCAGCCUACGGUUCUCCGACCCAGCUGCGGUCACUGGCUCGUCACAGCAGAAGCUAGUUAAGAGGAGUCUCUAUCAACAACUGAACCCGUGCUGUUGCUAAGCUCCCUGAGCGCCCCAAUCCUUGCCACUGGGCUCCUGACCUCAGGAGGGUAGGCUGAAGGUGGGUGGGGACUGGGAAGGAAGGGCUUGGCCCCUCCCCCCCCUC